GGGGUUGUCUUGUGCUUCCUGGACGUGGAGUCCAUGCUGUCCCCCAGAAUUCCAAGCCUAAAGUUGUGCCUGGGGUUCAGCCAGGGGAGGAUGUAACAAGGAGUCCUGCCACUUGUAGUACAAGGGAAGAAAGGCACAUGAAGGGUGACUAUAAAAUGCAAGGAGAAGUAAGCCCCAGUCCUUCCCUUAUUGAUAGAACCAUCAAGAUGAGAAAGGAAACAGAAUCUAGGAAAGUGGUUUUAGCCUGGGGACUUCUAAACGUAUCCAUGGCUGGAAUGAUAUAUACUGAAAUGACUGGAAAGUUAAUUAGUACAUAUUAUAAUGUGACAUACUGGCCCCUCUGGUAUAUUGAACUCGCCCUCGCCUCGCUCUUCAGUCUUAACGCCUUGUUUGAUUUUUGGAGAUACUUCAAAUAUACUGUAGCACCUACAAGUCUGGUAGUUAGCCCUGGACAGCAAACCUUGUUAGGGCUGAAACCGGCUGUGGUGCAGACCACACCUCCCCGUGAUUUGGCGGCCACCCAAAUCUCUCCGUCCCCACCUUCCCCUUCGAUUCAAGGUCAGAGUGUGUUGAGUUAUAGCCCAUCGCGCUCACCCAGUACCAGUCCCAAGUUUGCCACCAGCUGCAUGACUGGGUAUAGUCCUCAACUGCAAGGCCUGUCGUCAGGAGGCCUUGGCUCGUACAGCCCUGCUGUGACUUACUCGCCUGUCAGUGGCUAUAGUAAGUUGGCGAGCUUUAGUCUGUCUCCUUCUUCUCCCUACCCUACCACCGUGGGCCCUGUGGAGAGCAGUGGAUUGAGAGCUCGCUACCGUUCUCCACCCACGGCCUAUAACUCACCCACCGACAAGGAGGACUACAUGACAGACCUGAGAACUUUGGACACGUUCCUUAGAAGUGAGGAAGAGAAACAGCAUAGAGUGAAGCUGGGGAGCCCAGACUCUACCUCUCCGUCUACCAGCCCUACCUUCUGGAAUUACAGUCGUUCUGUGGGGGACUAUGCACAAACCUUAAAGAAGUUUCAGUAUCAGCUUGCCUGUAGAUCUCAGGCCCCAUGUGCUAACAAAGAUGAAGCCGAUCUCAUUUCUAAGCAAGCUGCCGAAGAGGUUUGGGCAAGAGUGACUAUGAAUAGACAGCUUCUUGAUCACAUGGAUUCAUGGACAGCCAAAUUUAGAAAUUGGAUCAGUGAAACAAUAUUAGUGCCACUUGUGCAAGAGAUUGAGUCUGUCAGCACCCAGAUGAGACGGAUGGGCUGUCCAGAGCUACAAAUAGGAGAGGCGAGUGUUACCAGCUUGAAACAAGCUGCCCUGGUCAAAGCUCCUCUCAUCCCAACUCUGAAUGCAAUUGUGCAGUAUUUAGACCUAACACCAAAUCAGGAGUACUUGUUUGAAAGAAUCAAAGAACUUUCUCAGGGAGGCUGUAUGAGCUCAUUCCGAUGGAACCGAGGUGGAGACUUCAAAGGACGCCGAUGGGACACAGACCUCCCCACUGACUCUGCUAUCAUCAUGCAUGUGUUUUGCACCUACCUUGAUUCCAGAUUACCUCCACACCCUAAGUACCCUGACGGGAAAACAUUCACUUCUCAGCACUUUGUUCAGACACCAAAUAAACCAGAUGUUACGAAUGAAAAUGUGUUCUGUGUUUAUCAGAGUGCUGUCAACCCUCCACACUAUGAGCUAAUCUAUCAGCGGCACGUCUACAGUCUUCCAAAGGGCAGAAAUAACAUGUUUCAUACGUUGUUGAUGUUCCUGUACAUCAUAAAGACCAAAGAGUCAGGAAUGCUUGGGAGAGUUAAUCUUGGGCUGUCUGGUGUGAAUAUUUUAUGGAUUUUUGGAGAGUAGUCCAUCAUUUAAUUCCAAACAUUUGGACUUUGAUUGUAAUUGGCCUGGAAGGAGUUGAAGCUAAGCAUGUCCGCGUAAGCACCUCUUCCGAAAUAAGAUGCAUGUUUUGCUGCAGACUUGUUAGAUUUCACAGGAAACAAACUGAGGGAAGCUUGUCAUGAACAUGACAAAGCCUGCGUCUUCUAUUCCAUGGAACAUUUAUUAUGUGGGGUGACUCCAAAACUGCAGUCCUGGGCUGUGAACUAGUGCGGUUCCCUUCACUUGGUGAGGGCAAGGACGCCUCUCCAUUUUAACCGCAGUGAAAAUCUGCACGUUGUUCUUUACCAUCGAGAGUGGCUCUCACUGUUGGAGUAGUGUAAGUACUCAGGUGAACCUUGCUAGCUCUCUUUGUUGUAUCUUUAUUUCCCCAGUGUUCUACAAGUCAGCCUAAAGCUGAAAUGAAAUUAAUUUCUAAGUGAUGUAGUAAUUAAUCCUGCUGAGCCAUCUCCCCAGCCCCCUAUUGGUUUUUUUUUAAUAUUAAAAGAGAUUUGAUAAUAUUGGCAUCUUGAAAGGUCAAUGCUUGCAUUAAAAUUAGCUGAUAAAAUUAAACUUUUGGGUUUUAGUUAAAUGUC